GGUGAGCUUACAAACAAGAUUAGGCGAGCUGCAAAUGGAACUCGCCAUUUUCAGCCAGACAACUCACCAUGGACAUCAAGUGUUUUGUGGCAGUACUCGGGCUGUUCCUAGGGCAGUCCUACGGCAGCCCGACGAAGACCUACUGCCCGCUGUACCCCGACGGCACCGACUACCACUCCCCCGACGACAAGAGCUGCAGCAUCUUCUACAAGUGCGACUGGGGCGCCUGGGUCCAGUUCACCUGCCCGGGCACCCUGCUCUUCAACCCCGCCCUCAGCAUAUGUGACUACCCCACCAACUUCAAGUGCAACAUCUGCCCUGUACCCUGCAGCACCACCGGCAACUGUGACGUCACCAACUCCAAAUGUGUCUGUAACACCGGCUACUCUGGUGCGGAUUGUUCGACUGAUAUCGACGAGUGCAGCGCCAACCCUGGCAUAUGUGAGCAGACAUGCACCAACACACCAGGCUCUUACACCUGUACCUGCAGCCCUGGCUACAGAGCAGGCCCUGACGGCAAAUGUGCAGAUAUCGAUGAGUGUAAAGAGCAGACAGACACUUGUGCGAACGGGUGCUUUAACACUCCAGGUGGCUACUCAUGUGGUUGUCCAGCUGGUUAUGAUGUUGCUGCUGAUGGUACAUGCGUCGACGUUGACGAGUGCUCCAGUGGUGCAGAGAAUUGCCAACAGAUCUGCACCAACACAGUCGGCAGCUACAUCUGCAGCUGCUCUGAUCCCAACCUCAAACUAGCCACUGAUGGUUUUACAUGUCAACCUAAAAUUUUAUGCAAUCCUGUCUGUGAAAAUGGUGCUACCUGCUCAACUACUGCCAAUAAUACAAAUGUGUGCCUAUGUCCAUUUGGCUUCACAGGUGUAGCCUGUGAAACAUUGAAUCCUUGUGCCCCAAUCAACUGUCAGAAUGGAGGGGUGUGUACCAUAGACAAUGGACAAGGCAUCUGCUCAUGUCCACCAGGAACAUCUGGCUCUCAAUGUGAAAUUGUUGAUCCAAACUACAACGCCUGCAAGUCAUCUGGCCUGAACUGUCUGAAUGGGGGGGUGUGUUAUCCUCAGAAUGGUGUACCCACAUGUUUCUGUCCUAGCCCAUACAUGGGGACCUACUGCGAGACUCUAGGAACUGCCAUCCCUCCUGAUACCUGUAACCCUAACAUCAUCUGCCAGAACAACGGCAAGUGUGUCCAGGUAAACAACGCACCCACCUGUUUCUGCCCACAGGGCUUUGGAGGACUGUAUUGUGAGAUUGUGCUGAAUCCAUGCUGCUACACGUCAUGCAUGAAUGGUGGCAGCUGUGCCUAUUCCUAUGGCUACCUCACCUGUGUAUGUCCUGAUGGCUUCACUGGCCCAAGAUGUGAAAUAUUGACCUCUUGUCUGGGCUACGGCUGUGAGAAUGGCGGACACUGUGAAGUGAUUGCUGGACAGCCCACAUGUACGUGUCCUAGGGGCUUCACUGGAACCAAGUGUGAAACACGUGAUCCUUGUGGCUUUAUCAAUUGCACCAAUGGUGGAGUCUGCUCUGCGUCUGCUGAUGGUGCUCUCAGCUGUACCUGCCCUGCUGGAUACGCCGGUAUUUUCUGUGAAAUCAAGGUAGACUGCAGCACCAUCAAGUGUUUGAAUGGUGGUACCUGUGGUGUCAGUGGCAACAAGGCUGCCUGCAUCUGUCCUGAUGGUACUUCAGGGGAGUUCUGUGAGAACAGAGUUGAUUGUGGUGCCAACAACUACCCAUGUAAGAAUGGCGGAGAGUGCUGCGACUCUGAACAAGGCUACGUCUGUGGCUGUACGUUUGGUUGGACUGGUCCAACUUGUGAGGUCAAACGGACAUGUGCUGACAGCAAGAUUAAAUGUUUGAAUAAUGGCACAUGUGUGGAUGGCGCUAACGGAGCAGAUUGUACCUGUCCUAGUGGCUUCACUGGAGCUUACUGUGAGACUCCAUUAGACCCCUGUGGUGGGUGUGAGAACGGUGGCAUCUGCAAGGUCCCUGAGAUUCUGCCAGUUGACAGCCCGGACUCAGCCAAGACAUGCGCCUGUCCUGCUGGGUUUACUGGCGCUCGCUGUGAGAGUUCUGCUGACUGCACCUUUCCUUGUGACCCACGAGUGGGUAAGGACAGUGAUCGCUACAAGGUGGUUGUCUACCCUGAUCUGGCCUCCCCCCAGCAUGUGUAUGUGUGCAGGACUGGCAUGCUACAGAGGGUCAAGGCUUGCCCAGAUACAAGAUACAAUAUCUAUACCACUGGGUGCCUUACCCCUGAACAGAUGGCAGCUGCUACCCAAGAUGUUGGAAAUGCAUAUUACCCUUAGUAAAACCAUCUCUAUGAUUGGUCUUGUUUUCUUUAUCCAAGUGCUCUUCAGAAAAGGAGUGUACUUUAUCACAGUGUUAUGUGCUGUCCACUUACAAAUGGAAUCUAGAAUUUUAUUUUUAGAAACUCAUUUGUUAAAGUUUUUAUUUAAAGCAUAGCAAAGUUUAACAAAAAUAUCUGAAAGGAUUACAUCUAGACACUAAUGUUUAUUGGGAUGAUCAGCCGAAUAAACCUUUUCUCAUGUAUUAAGAAAUAAAUAUCAAAUUGAAUAUGGUAACCUAA